AUGGACAGCAGGGCCCAGCGAUUCGAGGAUGAGAAGCGGCGCAUCAUUGAGAGUUGCUUCAACAAGAAGGAUGUGGACGGAUCGCUGCUCGAGACAUACAUCACCCACAUCCGAAUCACAGAGUACUCGUCUCAUCCGACCUCCCCUCCGCCGCCUCAAGCACGAACUCCUGAAUCCCAGAAACCCCGUGUCAUUGUCGUUGCUGUAAGAAAAAGUGGCCGAGUGCGUAUGCACAAGACGAAGGAGAAUGCCAACGGAACCUUCUCAAUUGGCAAAACAUGGAACCUCGACGACCUCACUGCCAUCGAGUCCUUCACAGGGCCGGGGGCCAACCCGACCUUCCGCGAAUGGGCUGGAGAUACCGGCUUCGUCGUUACCAUCGGCAAGCCCUAUUUCUGGAACGCACAAUCGGACAAGGAAAAGAAGUUCUUCAUUGCCAGCUUGGUCAAGAUCUAUGGCAAAUACACGGGGGGCAAGAUCCCCGAGCUGGCGGGUUUCGACCAGUCCGAAAUGGCCCAGAUCCUGAGGAACGAACGACGACCGCCACCGCCGGGUCAGCCUCCCUUCAGACCGUCCCCCGCUCCAGAUGCUGCUCCUAGUCAACCGAGCCUGAUCGUGAACCCACCCUCCAACUACGCCACACCCUCUCCAGGCCCGCCCGGCCCGCGCCGGCCGCCGGCUCUCAACAAUGGAAUGACUUCCAACUCUCCCGUUGGGAGCAUGACCUCGUCAUUUUCGCAAGACCCCCCCACGCUGAGGCGUUACGGAAACAAAAGCCAGGAAUCGUUUGCCCCAUCCCUAGGAGCCAGGAGCGACGAUGCGGGCAGCUUGCCGCCCCGUUCGAGAAACGGUAUGCCUGGGCCAGGGGCAUUGGGCAGGUUUGCUGAGCCGCCGCCCGAGCCUGUCCCGGGACCGCCGCCACCAAUCUCGGAAGAGGGGGGUCGCCCGCCAGAAAGAAAGAGACCGCCGAUGGACCCAGCACGACCGCAGGGCUUCGCCGACAGAGACUUGGUUCCCGCGCCGUUAAUUAGCCCAGGGAUGCGACGAGAUCAGGUUGCUCCUCCACCGAGAAGCACCGCCAGGAAGAACUCAAUAUCACAGCGGUCAGAUGCUGGUUCUUACAGAGACAAUAGGCCUGUCACUCCCCUCACUCCCGUCGACCCGGGGACAGCAGAUGUCCCUCUCGCGCUCCGAACGCCGACGCGAAAUGGGGCUGCACCUACGAGGCCAACUCCUGCAAUCGCCUCACCGUCACCCGAGAUCCCGGUGCCCCCUGCGCCUGUUUCUCCCGUAGCCCCAAGCCCGCCUCCAGCUCCAUCCCCGGCGCCUGUGCCUACGGUCGAAGAGCCUGUUCCCGAGGAGCCUGCAGCUCCCGAAUCCCCGUCUGUGCCUGAACCGCCUGCUGAGCCAGAUGAGAGUCGGCCAGGUCUGGGCCCGAUGAUCAAGUCCAAGAAGUCCAAGGGAGACCUCGCCGGCGUGCUUUGGAAGGCCGCAUCUGCUGCCUCGGCCUUCAGGCCCCGGCCCGGUGGUGCUGGCGAAAGACUACGACAACUUGCCACGAAAAGCACUGAGCCAGCCGAAGGAAUCACAACCGUCUUUCAACCCCCGCCCAGACCAGUCUCCUCUGACGGUGCCAAGCUGGCAUCUCCCGAGGCAGUUGCCGAGAAACCUAUUGCACGCGCAGCAUCAGCAGCCCCCGCAGAGCCUUCCAAGCGUACAUCCGGUUUGCCUGAGGUGAAGGUCACCGUUCCUAACUCUAGCCGUCCAACGAGCUUGCAAUCAUCGAUGAACGAACCCAAGAAGCCCGAGGAGCCUAUAGCUAAAGAGGAAGACCGCAGGUCGAUUGUUGUGGGCAACGACGCCAAAUAUCUUGCAUCUCUAGGCAUUGAUCCCACUGUUUUGGACAACAAGAGCGGGGAAUUCACAAAGUGGCUGGAUUACUUCGGCUGGGUACCCGGCGAGCAGAUGAGAUCUCGCAAUGUCGAUGAUUUGAGGACAGAUCUCGAAAGAGAGCUUAACAAGGCUCAAGCUGGGGGCUGGCUGGCCCGAUUCCAAGAAGAAGAUGACCGAGUUGAGGCCAUCAAGCGUGGCAUCGACCUGGCAGUCGCUGAGUGUGAAGAGAUGGAGAACUUGUUGACACUUUACAGUGUUGAACUCUCGACGCUUUCUGAUGAUAUUGCCUACAUUGAAGCUCAAGGCCAAGGUCUUCAAGUUCAGACUGCCAACCAGAAACUCCUCAAAAAAGAGCUGGAGUCUCUCUUGGAGACGACGACCAUUACUACGGCUGAUCUCAACGCUUUGAAAGUCGCCCCGCUUGAGGACCCUGCAGGCCUUGAAGAUAUCGAGAUGUCCCUAGUCACACUGUACAAGGCCAUGAUCAAGAUCGACCCGUCACUAUUAGGAGGUGAGCCCAGGAAGAGCGAAGAUCUUGUUGGAGAAGGGGACCAAGCUGUUGGACUUGAGAACACCGACUACGGCAAGAUGAGAAUCGUCCAAGAAAAGAAAGAGAUGUAUCGUCAAGAAAGCGCCGCCUUCUCGCGACGGUUGGUCGGAUACAUGGCACAGCAGUUCGACGUUGCCUACAACGAGGUAAACAGAGCGCUGCGCGAGGCUCUGUCGAGAAAGGUAGACUCCCGCCACCACGAUGUUGGUCGCGACAUGCUUUGGAAGUACAGUCCUUUGAUCAAGUACGCCAAGGAUGUUGAUCCGGCCAACUGGGAUCGCAUGAUCCAGGUCUACCAAGACAAGAGCCAUCCCGUAUACAAGAACGAGUUCCGUCAGGUCUUGGAGGCGUGGAAGCGCAACGCACGCAAGAUGACUGCCGAUGAGACAUCCGAGCUCCUGUUUACGUUCGAAGUCGAAAAGCAACAGGAAGGCAAAGCGACCACUGUCAGGAAGCUCACCGUCAAGCGUAGUCAAACACUGGCCAAGAGUCUGCGUUCGCCCAUCGACACUGGCAGCAGAACGAAUCUCAAAGAGUCGGGGGCCGAGAACCGUAGCCUCCCGUACGAGGUAUUUGGUCAUGUAUUGGAUGACCUUUUGCCAUUGGUCGAGAUGGAGCAAAACUUUAUUGUCGACUUCUUCCAUGCCACGACGAUGGAGCAGUCAGACUUCCCUGACUUGGUCGCUGCGAGCAGACCGAAAGACCGAAGAGGUGGUGACCUACGUCGCCAUCGUCUAAUGGAGCCAGACCGCGAUCUCGCUCGGAGAGUCACCAAAGCAAUGGAAGUGAUAUUCAUUUUCCUCGAGACGGAAAUCGCAAAGCUCAUCGAAUGGGUCAUACAGGCCGAUUCUUUGCAAGGGGCAGGCGUCCUGGCUGUUCUUGAGCGGAAUCUUGUGGACAUCCAACAAUCCAACCAAGAGUUCCUCAACGCUCUGCUUCAGAAGCUCCACGGCGUCCUAGAGUCCCGCUUUAAGAAAUUCGUCGACGAGCAAAUCCGCGCCAUCGAGGAGACUAAGGUUAAGAUCAAUAAGCGCAAGGGCGUUAUUUCGUUCAUUCGCGUCUUCCCUCAGUUCUCCAAUGCCGUCGAAAAUAUUCUUACGGGCAUCGACCCGAACCUGGCUGUACGAAAGACGGUCGAUCGCGAAUACGACCGCAUUCUCAAGUCUAUGUUCGACUCGCUCAAGAUCAUCGCCCGCGAGAACCCGGCUGUCAGCGUCGGCGCAGCGGGCGCGGACCCGGAAGACAAGGAGGCGCUCAACUUCCAUAUCCUCCUCAUCGAGAACAUGAACCAUUUCCUAGAGGAGGUCAACACGCAUGGCCUCGAUGUCCUCGAAGACUGGCGCGAGGCCGCAACCAAUGAAAUGAACGAGCACAUGGGCCUGUACCUGAACGCGGUUAUGCGCCGCCCUCUCGGCAAGCUCCUCGAAUACAUUGAGAACAUCGAGGGUCAGGUUCAGUCGGGCAAGCCUGGCUCGAGCAUCGCAGCACAGCCGUCCAACUCCAAGUCGACGUUCCACAAGGUCCUGGCAACGUACGACGCGCGCGAGGUUCGCAAGGGUAUCGAGACGCUGCGUAAGCGUGUCGAGAAGCACUUUGGCGAUGCGGACGACGUUGCUCUAAGCCAGAAGUUAGUGAUCAAGGUGCUGCGCGAGUGCGAGCGCUUCUACGGCGAGGUGGAGUUGCGCAUCAGCCGCAUCACGGCAGAUGUAUAUGGCGGAGACGUUCUUUUCGAGUGGCCGCGCACAGAAGUCAAGGCUGGCUUCCGCUAG